UAUACGUAAUCUGUUGGAUACACUUCUGUACUUUAUUCAUUAUUGUACAAACGGGGAAAUAGAAGGUGUUUGCUUUCUACACACAAAUCGGAAGGCUGAUUAAGGAUACAUUAUUGUCGAAUUUGUCAAACCCAUGAAAAUACACGUUGUUCCUGAGACCAGGAAGUGACAAUCAGGGUGAGAUAUGCCCUUGUUUCGCCAACUCGAGCCCACACCAGAGAGGGAACGACAGAGAAGGAAAAAAUGCAAGAAUGACUGGACUGAGGAUGAGGACAACCCUUCCACACUGGUUUGCCUUUGUCUCCAAAGCCUAGCUGAGAACAUGAAGGAAAUGUGGGCAAAAGAUUACACUGAGAAAUACAUGGACCAAUAUUUCUUCAGAUACGUCAUGGGUCCCUUCAGUUCACUUCCGGGUGAGUUGCUGGAGGAGCUGUUGCGUAUCCUGUCUAGACAGAAUCUGUUGACACGUGCAGCCCUACACCUUCUUCUUCUUCCACAACUCAACUGUCUUUCUCUCACAUUGUCAUGCAGCCUCGUCAAUGCAAACCUAUGCUCUCUCAUCAAGAUACGCUGCCAGAAUCUUCAGUAUCUGGAUCUCAGUGGUGCACAGAAUGUGUCGUCUUCAGUGCUGUGUGAGAUGCUUGGCAGCCUGCACCGUCUCAGUUCUCUAUUCCUGACAGGAACCCUGUGUGAUCAGAGGGUGAUAUCGGUGGUGGCCCGCCACUGUCCCAGGCUGAAACAUGUGGAUGUGUCACGAUGCCUGCAUCUCACCCCUGCAGGCCUGCUCCCUCUGGCCUACCAAGAGCCCCAUGUUAGGAACGUGAAAACCAUAAGCAGUCUGCUUGCUUUAGAUAUCGGUUUGGCAGACACUGAAGGCGAUGCCGUGGCUGCUGGUGCAUUCCUCCUCCUCAGCUUGCCCAAUCUUCAGAGGGUGGCACUAGAAGGACUGGGACAGGCUUGUGUUCUCAUACAGAACAGGGAGUUUGAAGUGACCGAGGAGUUCACUAGUCGAGAAGGGUUGCCAAGUCUAAAAGAUUUAUGGGUUAUGAGGAUACAGGAAGAUCACUUGAAAGACAACAGUUUACAGAGCACAGAUGGAGAGGGAAGCUUUGCAUUAGAAGGAAAAAUAGAAGAAUGGUUGUCAUUAGAAGACAGUCAGACUGAUAAGAGAAGACAGAGAGAUGGUGCUAGAGAUACUACAGAGUUGAUUGGAUGUAAAGGGAUUUCAGAAGAGGAUUAUGAAAAGGAUAGGAGGAAAAUCAGGGAUUUUAAUGGAAGGGACAGUGUGACAAUGUGUCUCAGGGAUGUACAAGGAGUGUCUCUGAAUACCUUGGAGGCAGUAGGGAAGAUCUGCCCUGACCUGUCUGUCCUGUCAUUGGACUGUCUUCAGCGUAGUGCUGAAGAGGAUGAUGAUGGUGAUGACAGUUUCAAACAGGCUACAGCUUUAGCCAGAGGACUUGGUCGGUUUUCUCACCAGCUGCGCUGUCUUUCUCUACAGUUUGCUGGUGUGCUAUCUGAUCUAGUUCCAGCCCUUAAAGCUGCAGGAUCAAACCUGCUCUCACUAACCCUGGAAGGGAUUCGAGCUGAUGGACACACUCCUCUUCAGGAGCUGAUUCAGGCCUGUCCUAGACUCAACUCUCUCACUAUUCAUUUAGACCCACCCAGCACUAAUUGGGAGGGAGAUGAGGAUGAGGAUGUUGAAGACGAAAGCCUUUCUAAUCUGCCAUGUAUUCCACAUCUACGCUCUUUAACACUAAAUUUUUACUUGGAUGAAAGACAGAUGAAGCCUUCAUUAUGUUGGAGGUCUUUGAAAGGGGUGCUGUGGGCCCUUAUUAGAGGUGCUUCACUCCAGAAGCUGUCACUGAUUGCUGUUCCCUGUCGAUUGGAUCCUGUGUUCAAACUUGUUCUGGACAAUCCAGCUAAACCCCUUGGUGCCUUAGACAGUCCGCCACUGCAUUGCCUUAGAUCUGUUAGCCUGAACCGGUCAGAUAUCACAGUGGAGACAGUAUUGCGUAUUGUAAAUACUUGUAGUAGUCGCCUGUCCAGUUUGGAUUUGAGUGGCUGCUGGGCGAUGACAUUGAGCAAUAUAACGAAGUUACAAACCAAAGCCAAAAGGAGGCGCCAUACACUGCAAAUAACAUGGACAUGAUCUGGGAAAGGCCAUGCUGAGAUUGUAAAAGGACUUGCACUUACAAUUAAGAGUUGGGUUUAUGAUUUUGUUGAGUCAUUUUUAUGUUUGUUUCAUGAUGUCUUAUAUAUAUAGUUAUAUAUCAUAUGAAGCCAUUUAUUAUCACAUAGUUGUUUGGCUCCUUUUUAAAUCAUGAUAACAGAAAUCACCCAAAUGGCCCUGAUUAAAAGUUUACAUACCCUUGGAUGGUUUGGCCUUGUUACAGACACACCAGGUGACACACACAGGUUUAAAUGGCAAUUAAACGUUAAUUUCCCACACCUGUGGCUUUUUAAAUUGCAAUUAGUGUCUGUGUAUAAAUAGUCAAUGAGUUUGUUAGCUCUCACAUGGAUGCACUGAGCAGGCUAGAUACUGAGCCAUGGGGAGCAGAAAAGAACUGUCAAAAGACCUGCGUAACAAGGUAAUGGAACUUUAUAAAGAUGGAAAAGGAUAUAAAAAUAUAUCCAAAGCCUUGAAAAUGCCAGUCAGUACUGUUCAAUCACUUAUUAAGAAGUGGAAAAUUCGGGGAUCUCUUGAUGCCAAGGUCAGGUAGACCAAGAAAGAUUUCAGCCACAACUGUCAGAAGAAUUGUUCGGGAUACAAAGAAAAACCCACAGGUAACCUCAGGAGAAAUACAGGCUGCUCUGGAAAAAGACGGUGUGGUUGUUUCAAGGAGCACAAUACGACAAUACAAAAAUGAGCUGCAUGGUCGAGUUGCCAGAAAGAAGCCUUUACUGCGCCAAUUCCACAAAUGACAACACCUUGACAUGCCUCACAGCUUCUGGCACACUGUAAUUUGGAGUGACGAGACCAAAAUAGAACUUUAUGGUCACAACCAUAAGCGCUAUGUUUGGAGAGGGGUCAACAAGGCCUAAAAGAAUACCAUCCCCACUGUGAAGCAUGGUGUGAGCUCUAAAGGCACGGUGAAUCUUGUGAAAAUUGAUGGCAAGAUGAAUGCAGCAUGUUAUCAGAAAAUACUGGCAGACAAUUUGCAUUCUUCUGCUGAAAGCUGCGCAUGGGACACUCUUGGACUUUCCAGCACGACAAUGACCUUAAGCACAAGGCCAGGUUGUCCCUCCAGUGGUUACAGCAGAAAAAGGUGAAGGUUCUGGAGUGGCCAUCACAGUCUCCUGACCUUAAUAUCAUCGAGCCACUCUGGGGAGAUCUCAAAUGUGCGGUUCAUGCAAGACGACCAAAGAAUUUGCAUGACCUGGAGGCAUUUUGCCAGGACGAAUGGGCAGCUAUACCACCUGCAAGAAUUUGGGGCCUCAUAGACAACUAUUACAAAAGACUGCACGCUGUCAUUGAUGCUAAAGGGGGCAAUACACAGUAUUAAGAAUUAAGGGUAUAUAGACUUUUGAACAGGGGUCAUUUAAUUUUCUUCUUUGUUGCCAUGUUUUGUUUUAUGAUUGUGCCGUUCUGUUAUAAUCUACAGUUGAAUAUGAAUCCCAUAAGAAAUAAAAGAAAUGUGUUUUGCCUGCUCACUCAUGUUUUCUUUAAAAAUGGUACAUGUAUUUCCAAUUCCCCAAGGGUAUGCAAACUUUUGAGCACAACUGUAUGUAAACCCUGAUAUUACACCGCAUCAAUUUUUCUUUUAUAGCUGUGCACACAUCAUAUACACAUUGAUUGAUGGUCCUUAUACUAAGACCGAAAGUUUCCCCCAUACUUGGUACAGGUUGCCAGCUUGAACAGGGCCAUGACAAUUUACUUUCGGGUCGGAACCGGUGGCAACCUGCGAUAGGCGCAACAUCAGGACCAAUAUUACAGUCCUAUCAGAAGGGCAACUGUACCUUUUUGAUUGCAAUUCCUCCUCUUCUGAUUGCUUUUAUUUGUGAAAUUAAAAUGACAGUAAGCUGUCUAAUUUCAAUUAAUUAUCUCAAUAUUCACCCCAUUUUACCAAAACCUCAGAGGAAAAUUAGCGAAUUAGCGAUAAACACACAUUUCUGUAUGGAAAUGGCUUAAGGGUAGAUUUCUUUUGCAAUAAACCAAAACUUAUGCGACAAAGUGUUUUUUUAGGCGUGACAAAUGUUUAUGCAUUUUCACUUUGUCGAUAACAAAAUAGCGUGAAAAGUGGAUGGAAACUAGGCUACAGAUGUGUGACUUUCUUU